AUGCCGAUUAGGGAACUUUGGCGGAAAGGGAAGCUUCGAAUCUCGCCCCCUCAAGACCCAAUUCACAUUACGCACGUUGCUGUCGACUGUGAAACCGGAGAAUACUCUGGGUUGCCUAAAGAGUGGCAAGAGAUUUUAUGCAAUCACCAACCCGACGACGAAGAGAGUUUGAAGAGAGUUUUAGACAUUCUUAAUUUCUAUAAGAAC